AUGUACAAAUACUUCGUUCUCUUUCUGCUGGCGGCUCUAAGUUGCGCUUCGCCGCCAUCGCGCAAGAGAUGUAAGUCUGGUGACAGUUGUUGGCCUGACGAACAGACCUGGCAGAGUUUCAACAACAGCAUCUCAGGCCGUCUCGUGCAGACGUUCCCAUCAGCAGCGGUGUGCCACGGGUCGACCUUCAACUCCGAGCUCUGCGAAACGGCGAAAGAGGAAUGGGACAACAGCUUCUGGAGGACAAAUCAGACCGGUGCAUACACUGCUAUUGUGUGGGAGCUGGGAAACCACCAGUGCUUCAUCAACUCAUCCCGAGACGCACCCUGCCAACCCGGUCUUGUCCCACACUAUUCCGUGGCGGCGACCUCCGUGGCAGAUAUCCAAGCUGCGGUGAAAUUUGCCAGCGAGAAGGAGUUGUAUCUUGUUGUGAAGAACACUGGUCAUGAUCACCUCGGUCGCUCUAGUGGCCAAGGUGCUUUCUCCAUCUGGACCCAUCGCCUCAAAGGAAGACGGUGGACAGAUAAUUAUGUUGUGGAAGGUGCUCCUCAGGGAACUAAAGGAAUCCCUGCUGUCACAUUACAGGCUGGAGAGCAAUGGCUCGAUGUCUAUCGAGCUGCCUCCGAACGGCAUGUCAUUGUCGUCGGGGGUCAAGCCAGAACAGUCGGCGCUGCCGGUGGGUGGCUCACCGGUGGCGGCCACUCCGCCUGGUCACAUAUAUACGGCUUGGGUGUCGACAAUAUUCUUGAGGUGACUCUGGUCAACGCUCGAGGCAAGCACGUCACGGUCAAUCAGUACACCGACCCUGACUACUUUUGGGCCUUACGUGGUGGCGGCGGAAGCGCCUGGGGCGUGAUCACAUCGGUGACUUAUCGUACUCAUGUGGAACCCGGCCACAUCCAGGUUGCAGCGUUUCAACUCAACGCUACAACCAACUCGUCGCUUCGUCCUAUCCUGGAGGGAUCUCUUGGCGCCUUGGUGAACAUAACAGACGCCGGGUAUACUGGGUAUGGAUACUUAUCUAACGGGUUUUCUGCCAUCUUCGUGCGUCCCAGCGGUACUGAAGAGGAGCUCCUACGAGGGACCGCACCGUUUCGGGAGCUAGCUCAGCUCGACGGAACGAGCUUCUUCAUGGUGAACUUUACGUUUCCGCGUUGGAUUGAUUUCUGUGACGCGUUCCUGCAGGAUCCAAACAUUGCACAGAACGUCAUGGACUCGUCCCGCUUGCUUACCACAGAUAUGGCACUGAACAAACCGGACCAGAUCAUUGACAUGAUGAUGGAGUACGGGGCUGAAAACUAUCCUAGUUUCAACUUUAUCGGCAAGGUCAAUUCAGCGACUCGAAACGAUACAUCCGUCCACCCGUCGUGGCGAGACAGUCGGGCUGUCAUGAGCUUUGGUACCAAUUGGGAGGAUGAUGCCUCCGAAGGUGAGAAGCACAGGAAGAAGCUCCACCUGGUUGAGAUGAGCAAUCGAUGGGCCAAGAUUGCCGGCGCGGAUGGAGGAACUUACAUCAACGAGGCAAAUCCAUACGAGCCUGCAUGGCAAAAGGUCUUCUGGGGAUCAAACUAUGACCGACUACUCAAGAUCAAGAGGGCCAAGGAUCCAACGAAUCUCUUCGUUUGCAAUCGGUGUGUAGGGUCCGAUGUGGUUUACCAGCCAUAA